AUGAUCAACGAACGUAGUUCUGCACAAGCCAAUACACCAACAUCUGCUAAUAUGCAGUAUGGUUAUCCAACUAAUCAUUAUGAUUUAAUGAGUAUCCCACCAAUGCAAAAUCCAAACGAUCUUUAUUCGUAUUAUCCUCCAAGUCUUUAUCAACCAUUUGGUACAUUUGAAGAUCAUAGUCAAUGGGGAACAGCCGAUACAUCAGGCAAUGUUCCACCACCUCCACCGGGACCAAUGCAAUUUCAUCCGCAAAUGUAUACACCAUCACCACUUGAUAUACCUCGUAGUCCAUUCGAUUAUCCUGCUCCCCAUCAUGCUUAUCCUCAUUAUCAUCCAGGUUUUACACCUUCAACAUUUCCUGGACCACCAUCAACAGGUACAUCAGCAUUUGAUAUGUCAUGGAAUCCACAUAAUUUAUCAAUGCAACAAAUGCAAGUUGCAGCUCAACAACAAAUGACACCUAUUGGUGGUGGACCAACAUCAAUUAAAAAAGCAUCUGCUUAUGAUGAAUAUCCAGUUAGUGAUAUGCUUGCUCAACAUAUGAAUGCAGUUGAUCUAGGAAGUAGUACAACAAAUGAUGACACAAAUAAUUAUGACAAUGGAACAAAUGAUAGUACACAAAAUGUCAAUGUAUUAUCAUCUAAAGAACAGCAACAACAUUAUCAAACGAAUAGUAGUAAUCUUUCAUUAUCAUCACGUCCAUCUCAAAUACCUUCAUCGUCUACGUCAAGUGGUCCAAAAUCAUAUGCAUCUGUUGUUUCAUCUGAUACUAUUAAUACAAAUAACAAUAAAUCGACUUCAUCUGUUCCUAAUAUGCCUAUUCGUUCGACAGUACAAUCAUCAACAAAUGAACAUAUUAAUGCGACAUCAAAUUUUUCUAAUGACUCUACUAAUUCACGUUCGAAUACAAAUAUGAGAGGUAAUAAUAAUAAUACUACGAACAAUUAUUCUCAACAAACACGUAAUGGUACAGGUGGAUAUAAUUCUCGAAAUCAACAACAACAACAACAGCAACAACAAUCAUCCACUAGUGGAGGUUUUAAUUGGACAAAUAGUAGUUUAUCAUCGAAUUCUCGUGGUAAUAAUACUAAUAAUAAUACAUCAUCGAACUAUUAUAAUAGUGGUUCAUCGAAUUAUUAUGAUCGUCCAUCUUAUUCACAACAACAACAACAACAAACAUCAUCAAAUAAUAAUAAACGACCAAAUUUAAAUUAUCAACAAAAUUAUUCAUCAUCUCGAACAGCAAAUAAUAUGAGUAAUGGUAGUGGUGCAACAUCAGCUAUUGGGCAACAACCAAUAUCUGCUGCUAAUCAAGAAACUCUUGAUUCACUUAAACGAAAUCAUCAAUAUAAUCCAAAAGAUUUUAAUUUAAAUCCUAAAGGAGCAAGAUUCUUUGUUAUUAAAUCAUAUUCCGAAGAUGAUGUACAUCGUUCAAUAAAAUAUAAUAUAUGGUGUUCAACUGAACAUGGAAACAAACGUUUAGAUGCUGCUUUUCGUGAACGUGAAGGAAAAGGACCAAUAUAUUUAUUUUUUUCUGUUAAUGCUUCAGGACAUUUUUGUGGUAUGGCUGAAAUGAUGUCACCUAUUGAUUAUGAACAUAAAACAGAUGUUUGGCAAAUGUCAAAUAAAUGGCAAGGUAAAUUUGAAGUCAAAUGGAUUUAUGUUAAAGAUGUACCAAAUCAACAAUUUCGUAAUAUACGUUUGGAAAAUAAUGACAAUAAACCAGUAACUAAUUCACGUGAUACACAAGAAAUACCAUAUGAAAAAGGAAAAUUAAUGUUAAAAACUAUGCAUAUGUAUCGUGAUAAAACAUCAAUAUUUGAUGAUUUUCAAUAUUAUGAAUCAAAACAAGCAGAAGAAACAACUAAAAAACCUUCAAAUAAUGACUUUAUGAAUACUAAUACACGUGGAAAUAAUAAUAAACGACAAUAUUCAUCAAAUAAAGCAUCAACUAUUUCAUCUGAUCAACAACAACAACAACAACAGCAGCAUCAAAAUGAAAAUAUAAAUAAUGAAGAUAACAAAUAA